CGUCCUACAAUUUCAUAACAGCUGCCGAACUGGGACAUAUCCGCCGUAAAGUCUGCCGCAUCUCAACCGGCAGCAAGUCCUUCGAUGCAAUGUUGGGCGGCGGCAUUCAAACAAUGUCUAUAACAGAAGUAUUUGGGGAGUUCCGCACCGGAAAGUCCCAGCUCUCUAUGACUGUGUCUGUUAUUUGCCAGUUGCCAAGGGAUCAUGGAGGGGCAGAGGGGAAAGUGGCAUAUAUUGACACUGAGGGAACAUUUAGGCCGGAAAGGAUUAAGCAAAUUUCUGAUAGAUUUGGGGUUGAUGGAGAUGCGGCGUGCGAAAAUAUCAUCUAUGGGAGGGCGCUGAACUCCGAGCAUCAAUUGGAGCUCUUAAACGGGCUUUGCCAGAAUUUUGCAUCAGGGGAGUUUAGGCUACUGAUUGUCGAUAGUAUCAUGGCCUGCUUCAGGGUUGAUUAUUGUGGGAGAGGGGAACUGUCUGAGCGGCAACAAAAACUUGGCCAAAUGCUUUCGAAGCUGUCCCAUAUGGCGGAAGAAUUCAAUGUCGCUGUUCUGAUGACAAAUCAAGUCCAGAGCGAUCCUGGGGCAAGUGCUCUGUUCGCUGGAGCUGACGGCCAUGUUCUUGCUCAUGCCUCUGCAACGAGGAUUCUCUUGCGCAAAGGCCGGGGCGAAGAACGUGUCGCUAAACUCCAGGACAGUCCUGACUGCCCAGAACGCGAAGCUACUUACAUAAUUACCAACGGGGGAAUAUCCGAUCCGGAAGGUACCAAGUGAUGCCAUUUUGGCUUACUGAUCAAGCGGUAGAAAGGAGGACCCGAUAUUGGAAAAGGGUUUGCUUAAUUGUCCUUCUUGGGAAUUAAUAUUAGGUACCGGGGGUUUGGAUGAGAUACAGUGACAAUCGUUAUUUUCUAUUUGCUACUGUUGAUGCAGGAUGACUGCAUGUUGGUUUUGUUGCACUUUCAGGCCAAUAUUUCACUUUAAUAUAAUUAUGGGCAAUCUUGCACGGAUUU